AUGAUAGGUCUGCGGGGGAUAUCUGCCAUAGCCGAGUACCCGGAACUUGUAUGUCUUGUGUCUAUCUCCCCACAGGAACUUGCCAUCAUCAAAAACUCCUCCCGCCAGUCUUCCGUAUUGACCAAGAACUACACAGAGCUGCUCUGUCUCUCCUCGGAUGUCUUUCAAAAAUACUUCAUGGUCGGUGGUGUUAAAAACAUGAACGACCCUGAUCAGUACAACUUCGUCAGGAGAGGUUCUAUCAUAUCUCGAGACAGCAACUACUCUGAUUGGCUGGUCAUUGUCAAGUCGGGAUCUCUGAAUGUUCUCAAAAAGUUGGUGAAAGCAAAGCCGACAGUGUCCAGGAAAACUGGGAAACCUUUGGUGACGUCAGAUACAAACUCCUACAUGAGUUUCCUCAACAAUGGGAACGAGUACGCCCGCUCGCUGGAACAAAACAACACGUCACUUCCCGAGCCUAUCGGCGAUGAUCUUCCUGACAACAACGACAAUGACGAGAACUGCAACGGUGCUGCAGACGACAGCCUGAGUGACGUCAACGAUGACGUACUCCGCAAAGUCAAGAUGGCGAACCGGCCCCACACGACGGCGGGAAAGAGGACGUCUACACAGUCCACAAGGUCGCUGUGGUCCGCCUCCAGUCACUCGACCUUAGUGGAGUUCAAGGCAGAUACGUUGCUUUUGAGACGAAACAAGACGGAAACCAAAAUCAACACGAAACCCAAAGCCCACAAAGCAACCAAUUGA